GAAAAGGCAUCAACAGGGAAGGUAGUGGUGAGUGAGCCACGUCAUUUGUGCAGGGAAAUAGUGUGUGUGGCUGCUGAACCAAACAUGAAUAUUUUCAGGUUGGCCGGAGAUCUUUCUCACCUUCUGGCCGUCAUUAUUUUACUACUGAAGAUAUGGACGAGUCGAUCAUGUGCAGGCAUUUCUGGAAAGUCGCAGAUACUCUUUGCUUUAACGUACACCACACGAUACCUUGAUCUUCUGACCAACUUCAUAUCAUUAUAUAAUUCUUCUAUGAAGGUAAUCUUCCUUCUGGCAUCAUACGGCACAAUCUACUUGAUGUACAUGAGAUUCCGAGCUACUUAUGACCAUAAUCAUGACACCUUCAGAAUUGAGUUCCUGCUGAUUCCUACCAUCAUCUUGUCGCUGCUGAUCAACCAUGAUUAUUCUCCUCUUGAGAUCCUCUGGACCUUCAGUAUCUAUCUUGAGUCAGUUGCUAUCCUUCCCCAACUUUUCAUGGUUUCGAAGACUGGUGAGGCUGAGAGUAUUACAUCACACUAUUUGUUUGCUCUAGGGUCAUACAGGGCAUUGUACAUUUUCAACUGGAUAUACCGUUACUAUGUUGAAGGCUUCUACGAUCUCAUUGCAAUUGUAGCUGGUGUUGUUCAGACUGUCCUUUACUGUGACUUCUUCUAUUUAUACAUCACCAAAGUUCUUCAGGGUAAAAAGUUGCAACUGCCUGCUUAAAUUCAUCCAGCAAAAAACUUGGUGCUGUCCUCCACUAUGCAGGAGUCACCAUCGCCCUACUACAGAACUUUUCAUUCAGUCAUCUGGAUAACACUUCUCCAGUUAUCAGAGAACUGUGAAAUUCACUUACAGCAUUAAGCAGUUUCUUGUGUCAUUACCGUGGAAAAAGUUUUUAUAAUAUUUUGCUCUUUAGUUCAAACAGUCUUGUUAUAUUAACUUAAGAUGCAUUUUUAAAGGACUUAAGAGUGCGUGUGAGGAUAAAGUUCAAAAUAAAUAUGGAAAUGUU